AGGUGCGUCGACGACAUGUUAGAAGGCUAUGUGGCGGUGAACCCCGGGGUUAGGCUGUUGAGAGGUCACCGUGUUGUGAUUCGGGCUGACGUCCAGGAGUACGUCACGACAGGGAAGGUCGCCGUGGUUUUCGGGGGAGGAUCCGGACACGAACCGAUGCACACGGGCUUUGUUGGAAAAGGCAUGUUGACGGCAUGUGUUUGCGGAUCGGUAUUUGCAUCACCCCCGCCCCAAGAAAUACUACCAGCAAUCAGGGCGGUUGCCAAAAACAACACAGGAGGUUGUCUGUUGCUUGUCGCUAACUAUACUGGAGACAGACUAAACUUCGGACUGGCGUUUGAGAAGGCCAGACAGGAAGGUAUUAAAAUUGAGAUGGUCACGGUGGCAGAGGAUUGUGCUCUGACAUCACACGUAAACACUGCUGGGAGGAGGGCACUUGUGGGUCAAGUAGCAAUCAGCAAGAUUGCUGGAGCCCUGGCAGAGGAAGGUAGAACUUUGGCGGAGAUAGUUAACAUAACCAAAGAUGCUCUCUCUAACAUGGGAACUAUCGGCCUCAGUCUGAGUGCGUGUUCCGUACCGGGGUCCGGUCCGACUUUUAGUCUUGGCGAAGGUCAGAUGGAACUAGGACUUGGAGCACACGGAGAGGCUGGUGUUAGAAGAAUGAAAGUGACUUCUGCUAAAGAAGCCGUGAAGAUAAUGCUGGACCACAUGACCAGCCCAGCCACUAGUACUCAUCUAAGGGUGGAGUCUGGUGAUAAAGUGGCAUGUUUUCUCAAUAAUCUUGGUGGAACGACACUUCUAGAAAUGAAUAUUAUAGCCAAAGAAAUCAUUCAGUAUCUAGACGCUCGAGGAGUCUCGGUGGACCGUUUUUACUCGGGACAUAUUCUGACGUCUUUAGAGAUGCACGGAGUCUCCAUUAUGAUCAUGCACCUCAACGAUAUACUGAAGCAGUGCCUUGAUGCUCCAACAGAAGUUCCACACUGGCCAAAACCUAUGCUUCCUCGUGGAUCCAGUGAUCGGAAGACACCUUCUCCACUUGAUCUACCCGAUGUAGAGAACAUCGCAAUAGAUACCACUACAAAAACUAACAGAUGCUUCGGAGAGGCUGAUGCUAGUAGAACCUAUGACGCCCUCAAGCACGCCUGUGAGAGUCUGAUAUCAGCUGAGACGAGACUCAACACACUGGACACGGAGGGUGGAGAUGGUGAUACUGGAAGCACCCUGGCUAGAGGUGCUCGUGAAAUUAUGAAGUUGUUGGGAACCAAGAACAGUCCAGGACUGCCAGUUAAUAAUCCCAGUUGUCUGGCGCUGAUGCUGACCAGCACUGCUGAAAAUUGCAUGGGUGGAGCUUCGGGCGCGCUGUAUGGUUUGAUGUUCACAGCGGCAGCAAGUUGUCUCUGUGAUGAUUUGUCUCCAAGAGUGUGGGACACAGUUCUGAAGGAAGCCAUCAACAUAUUAAAGAGGUACGGUGGAGCAGAACCCGGUGAUAGAACCAUGCUGGAUUCACUGCAUGCUGCCAGUAUGACGUUCUCUGAAAGAUUACAAAACAUGUCACCAGUGGAUGCAUACAGGGAGGCGGUCUUGGCUGCAGAAAAGGCUGCAUGUGAAACUGCGAAGAUGUCUGCACGUGCGGGACGAGCCAGUUACGUGAACCCGGACCUCCUCACACAACCCGACCCUGGAGCAGUGGGCGUGACCAUCUGGAUGAGAGCCGUGCUGGACUCCAUACAAUAAAACGGUCAUCCUCUGUGGCCAAUGUGAUGUCGUAAAGUCAAAGUUACAGAGAUUAAUUCAUUUGUAAUCACCUGGAAGUAGUUUUUAAUGAUGAACAUUUACCUAAUGAGAACAUUUACUUUCCUUAACAACCCAGUCAUUAUGUCAUACCCUCAGUUCGUAACACUGCUGAUGAUUGUUUAUAUGGUAGUUUAAAAAAAAAGAAAACAGCUGGCUGUUAAAUUAACCGGCAUGUUAUUGGCCGUUAAAGAGAUGAUGUAAGACAAAUGCUGUAGAUCCAGACCAUUUAAACAGGCAUUUAGUUCAUUAUUAGUCUUUUUUUUCAAACUAGUGCUUUUAUUGGAAUUAUAUCAUUAUACACAUCAAAGGCCUGUUCUCAGCAUGGCUUGUAGUUCCUGAAAAUAAACCUUUACGAGAAACGACCUUGGCAUGAAGCAUUUUGUGAUUGCCCGUGGGUACUCUAUUAAAAGGCGUUUUUACAUUACAUUACUGUAACACAUAUGAGGUUAUAUGUGUAGAAUAUUUCUAAAACAUGGUUCCCGUAAGUGUACUGGGCUUCACACCGAUGGACCAGGUAGUGUCUCGUCUGUGUUAGGCUAUGCGACAUUGCCCUCCCCUAAAACAAAUCCAAAAAAACAAACAAACAAACAAAAAACAAACAAACAAAAAACAUGACAUGUCUUUAUAUUUUUCAUGUUGAAAAAUCCUGAAUUUCAUGAGAUUCGGUAGGCGGCAGCACUUUGCCAGACCAACAAUCAUGUAUGAUUAUGACGAUCGUUACAGGUUCACUAUUUGUGUCAGAGUUUGACGGGGUCAGUCCGAACGGACCUAGAAAGUAUUGGCUUAAUGUGCGCCCAGCACUUUGACUGUGAAGGGUAAUAUAAGAGGACGAUCUAGCUUCCCAUGAACAUUCGUUAGAUACUUUUUAAAAUAAAUUGUUGUAAGAUACAUGUCUAACGGCCACUCAUGUGAUAUAAUAUUCUGUUUACAUAGACUACUAUACACGUGCACAUCGUGUUACACAAUCUGACUGAAGUCAGUUCUACUGAAUAAUAGUUACUGACCAGGGCCCGGUUCCACGAAGCGAUCUUAGCCCUAAGAUUACCUUAAGCGCAUAGCUACCCAAUGCACUUAAGUUGAUCUUAGGGCUAAGAUCGCUUCAUAGAACGGGGCCCAGGAGAGAUGAUUUCAGUCAGAUUGCCGAACUCGCCACAAAUGUCAUGGAACGGAUUGAUAUGUAAGCAAUACGUCAAGAAAGGCUGAGCAUUUGUUAUCGCCUUACAAAAAGGGUAUUCAGGUACAAUAGCAUUUUUGGAAAACAUUUAUAAUAAAGUUUGUUUUGUUUAACAACACCACUAGAGCUAUCAAACAUUUGGUAAUUCUGAUAUAUAGUCUUAGAGAGAAAACCCGUUACU